ACAUGAUCGAAGAAGAAUUUAUUAAGCUCUUUCAGAAUAAUGAAGUUGAAUUACAAACGAUUGAUUAAAAAUAGAUGUAUACUUAUUUUCAUUGUAUUUAGUGACUAGGAGAGCAUUUAAGAGGCAGCUUUAAGGAAAAUUAGAAUGAAGGAAUUGUCAAUUAUGCUGAAGGUAAAACCACAGCUUUUAAAAGUGAAAAAUAGGAUCUAAGUUGGGAUGAUCGUUAUGAGUGGCUACUGUACUAAAAGAAUAAAGGAAAUAAGUUGUUUUAUCAGCAAUAAUAUGAUCGAGCAAUUUAAGUGUAUCAAGAAAUGUCUUAAGGGUUGGAUUUAUAGAACACAUAAGAAAGGAACGAAAUAAUGAAAUAGGAUUUCUAAUACCCUAUCAUUUUUAAUCUGGCACUCUGUUAUAAGAAAAAAAAAGAUUAUGGGAAAGCAUCUUAAUUUUAUGAUAUGGUAACUAGAUUCAUCAAUGUAUAAAGGUUAUUAAAAUGCAUCCUAGUCCAAGGUACAUUUUGAGGAGAGGAUAUUUCCAUUUCGAUAUUCAAGAAUAUGAUAAAGUAUAGUCUGAUUUAAGUCUUGUAACCAAUAUAAACGAGUAUCCAGAACUGCGGGAGGAUUAUUUUGAACUCAAAUAAAAAUUGAGUGAUGUUCUAAGAAAGGACAGAGAAUUAUAUUAAAGAAUGUUUUAAUAAAAUUCAUAAUCUGAUGACGAAUAAUAAAUAAAACUCUCCAGACUAGAUUAGUUGUACGAAUGGUGUAAAAAUCAGUUCUCUCGCAUCUUUGGUUGUAGAAAAAUGUUCGAAGAUGACGAAUCAGAAGAUGAUGACGAGUCAGAUCCUAAGAAAUUUAUGGAGAAAUGA